AUGCUCUACAAUGCCCUCAUUCGCACCCACCACAUCACAUCCCGCAAGAAAGUCUCCGCUCUGAAACGCGCAGCAGAUACGUAUCACUGCUCUGUUCUUCUCCGCUCUGGUGGUAUACCGGGCAUCAUGUACGUUGAGGGACGGGAAAAGAAUGAUGUCGAGUCGUGGGUUGGUGUUGUGAAGGGGCUGAAAUAUAAAGAUUUCCAACUUGUUGCGCGGCCCGGUCCUUUGGAGGCUGAGGAUAAGGAUAAGGAUAAGAAUGGGAACAGUGGUAGGAAAGACAUAAAAUCCGGAAAGAAGAAGGGGAAUAGGGCUGCAGCCGGUACUGGUGAUUCAACUGGGCAAUCUAUGGAUGCCAAGAUUGGCUUGGAGGAGGUGGAAAGUGUCAAGGAUUUCGGCGGUUUGAUGGCACAGAAGGGGGUUUGGAGAUGGUGGAGGAGAGGCAUGGGAUACGAGAAUACAGACGGUUGA